CGGUUUAACCACAUAUGUGUUUUAGGCCCCGGAUGUAGAAUCUGUUACAAACGAUGAACUCUUUAUACACUCCUGACCGGAAAAACAGCUAAAGCCUGUGGAUAAAACGUCGACUUCGCCAAAACAAAUAUACAGUCCCAUGAGAGUUGGACUACUACAAGGAGAGCGACACUACAGAGGCAGGAACGUCAGCUGUGAAAUAGUCCAGAGGACCACAUUUGCGCCAUUGUCGUUCCCAAAGUGUGUACAUGAUGCUGUCAAAUGUGGAGGAGGAGGAUCUCGAAGAAGAGGCAAUUGACUCCAGAAAGGCAUCUCUUAAAGCGGCAAGGGGACCUCUGCUCUCCAUUGGUGCAACGAUUCUCUUCGCCAUAUCAUCGGAAAUGACGGCCCUCAGUAGCAAAGACGGAAUCCCGGGUUUCCAACUGAUGUUUUUCCUGAGACUGAGCCAGAUUCUCGUACUUUUAGUUUGUUUUCUAAUCUUUCGUCCAAAACUGAUAGGUGAAAACAAACACCAGAAUGGUUUAUUGUUUCUUGAAACUGUCGUUAACAAUGUCGCUACCACCCUGAUGUAUUUGUCCUUCACCUAUGCUUCUCCUGGGAUAGCGUUUGGCAUCAUUCAAGGGUCCAUGCCCUUGUUUACGGCCUGUUUGGGGUUUAUAUUCUUAAAGGAAAAAAUUGGUCUCAUACCGUGCUGCGGGAUCCUAAUCAGCAUCAUCGGGGUAAUUCUAGUCAGCAUCGGGAUGGCAAAACAUGCCGUGGGCCCCACAAAUACAAUGGUCGUGUCCAUUCUCCUGCCGCUGGCUGCUGCCUUCAGCAAAGGACCAGAUAUGGUUCUCAGUCGCGCCAUCAUAAAGGACAUGUCAGGCAUCACAAUGCUGUUAUACAUAACAAUACCGGGAACAGUAGCUCAGCUCAUACUAACUUACUCAUUUGAGACCCCGGUCUGGGUGAUGUCAGCAAAGACAGCAUGGUACAUAGCCGGGCUGGGCUUGUCCCAAGCCGUGGCCAUGUUGUUUUUCUUAGGAGUAAUGAAAGUAGAGAAGGCAGCCAUAGCUGUUGCACUGCGCGCACUUGUGAUACCGCUCACCAUUCUACUGGACUAUCUCAUCCUGUCGAAAGUGCCAAACGCUAUCAAAUGGGGGGGUCUGUCUCUAGUCAUACUUGGAACAUUGGGGCUUGGCAUCUAUACUUGGUGGGAACAUCAUCAGGAAGAAAAACGAAAGACUUUAUUAAAAAAGAUGGAUUUCCCCCAGCUGAUAGAUGACACAAAAUAAAUUUUCCUUAGAGGUCCUUGUGUAGUACAUGUAUACUAGUAUUAUUAACAUAAUGUCGUAAUGAUGGUAGAAUUUUUUUCCAAAGAAUGUAAGCAUGUAGUUUUAAAAAAGAUUCACAGCAAAUAUAACAACUGUAUUUAACCAACAUUACAAUAUUUAUUUUGAGUAGCGUAGAGUCUGCCGCAUGUUCCUUUACACAGUCUUGUCAGAUUUACUAGUAUUUGUUUCUUGAUUCAGCGGCCCGGCUGACGUUUUCUGAAAUAAAGUGUGCUCCGCCUCGACCUAGCCUGGGUGUCAUCCAAUUUCUAAGGGGGGCUCAUUGUACUUGCUUUCUCGGGCCGCAGAAUACAAGAAGUCCCGUUACAAAUCGGAUUGCACCUAGGCUAGCCUUGGUCAGCAUGUGAGCGAUUACCUUACAGGCGAUUUGUCAUUCGCAAUAAAUAGCCUAUCAUGUUGCAAAGUCCUUAUUACAAUGUAUUAGUACCUCUCGUAUGUUCCAAUGUUCUUUGCAUAGUUUGUUUUACCUCGAUACACACAUGUGUACUUGAGUUUGAAAACUUGUUCGUAUUAGU